GUUACCGUUAGCAACAACAGCUCAAACGUAUACAUUCACAAAAGUAUUUUUACUGUGCGUAAAAAUGGAGAGGUUUGGUUUGGAAACUCACCACUAAUGAAAACAACUUAGCUUGUAGCAGACGUGUGAAAAUGUGCCAAAAAACGAGACCUUUUACGACGAUUGAAAGCGUUUUACGACACAACGUCCGCCUUUCAGAUAGACGUGGGUGUAAAAGGAACAAGUCGGCGUGUGUCGAUGGAGAAGAAGCUUGCAGAGUUCAGAGCCAGACGACAGGCUGAAAAGGCUGUUAGAAAGGAUGAGAGCGCUGGUCAGCAGUGCAAAGCUCAGACAUCAGGGGACUCAGCUGCUCAGGCGGAUACAACAUCAUCAGCUGACAGUCAAGAAGCAGAGGAGACAGAAACAAGCAGAGAUUCAACCCAAAGCUCUGAAAGCAAGGACCGUAGUGACUGGCUGCUGGACAGCGCUCUGGGAAGAUGGCUGACUUCGAGACAGUUUGUCUUCUCAAACCUCACUUUGCUUAAAGUGCUGCUGUGGCUGGUGCUGCUUGGUCUGUUUGCUGAACUAGAGUUUGGCCUGCCUUUCUUCAUCAUCUCCCUCUUCUACUGGCUCUACGAAGGACUCCGUAGCCCAGCUGCCCGCGAGCCGGGAGAACUGAGCGCUUAUUCUGUCUUCAAUCCGGACUGUCAGCCUCUGCUGGGCUCUCUCACUGCAGAGCAGCUGGAGGGAGAGAUGGGUUACAGACCUCUGGCUAACAGAUGAAUUGCUUGUGAUUUACAUUAUAUAAAACAAAUCACAUCUUUUUGUCUGUUCAGAAAUGUUAAUUUUAUUCAGGAAUAUGCAGGAUACAAUAUUAAAUUGAAUUUGUUAUUUCUGUAUAACACAUUAAAUUGAGUUUGGCCUACUUACAGUUUUAUUCCUGUUCCUGUUUAUUCUUUGAAGCAGUUUGUCACAUACUGUAUGCUAUGUCACCUAGUGCACAAUAUAUUACUUGGUGACAUUUUCCUUGUAUGAUUACAGAAUAUUUUGAACCUUUACUUCCAUUUCUUGUAUUGAUUAACAUGGGUUUGGUAAUAAGAAAUGUGGGAAGUAUAUUAAGAAGGAAAAUGGCGAGAAACAACGGCCUGUGCUGAGUUACAUACACUUAAUAAAGCUGCUUUUAAUUUA